GUUUUUAUCGUUGUUUUCAAUUGUUUUGCGCUAAUUAAUAUUCGUCUUCUUGUUGCUGUCACAGAUCUGGUGAGUGCUAGCCGAGCAGAUCACUUGGAAACCUUAGAAUACCAUGGCAGUGAAAGGCAUCUUUUGCUGGUACGAUGUUGAACUUUCGUGAAGAAAGUGUGAGCCACAGAGCAUUGGCCGACGUAAUUUCAUGUCACGCUAGAGCUAUGGAGAAGGCCCAGCCGUCGACAGCCGUCGAGAUGAUCCAUUGGAGAAAUGAUGGUAUCAGCAGCGGACCUACCAGUCCAACAAGGCGGAUUAUGCAAAACCAGGAUUGUGUCCUUGGAUGAAGCCAAGUUUUACCAGCAAAGAAACCAGCACUAGGAAUGACGACGUGUGCGUCGCCGAUUGCCAAAGAUGUCCGUAUGACUGCUUGCACGGCUUCUCUGAGUUCAGAAGAUAUAAGGCGUGCUUUUGGGAUUGGAGAUGAACUUUUCUUAGCAAAGAUGCAGAGAAGCACGUCAAGCCGGCUCAGCGAUGCGUUCUCUAGCACCGGCUCGUUCCACAGGGAUUUGGAUGAUGGGGAGUUGCUGAUAUGGGCUGCUCUCGAGAGGCUGCCUACAGUUGAGCGUGCAAGGAAGGGGAUUUUGCUCAGUGACAAUGCAGCAAAGAAUGGCUGUGCUGCUGAUACUCAGGCUGAAGUUGACGUUUCGAAGCUGGAUGUGCAAGACAGGCGGAGGAUUUUGUCCAGGCUUAUUCCGACUGCCGAAGAGGAUAACGAGCGUCUACUGUUGAGACUUCGUGAUCGCAUCAACAGGGUCCGCAUUGAUCUCCCCAAGAUCGAGGUGAGGUUUGAGCACUUAAAUGUGCAAGCGAAGGUCCACGUGGGAAGCAGGGCUCUUCCAACGCCUAUUAACUUCAUCAACAACUCGGCCGAGAGUCUGCUCAGCGCGCUGCACCUGCCUUCCUCUAACAAGAGGACUCUCACAAUACUACGAGAUACCAGCGGGAUCAUCAAACCUUCCAGAUUGACGCUACUCCUUGGACCACCCGGAUCUGGAAAGACGACGCUUUUAUUGGCUCUGGCAGGAAAACUGAACAAGGAUUUACAAGUCACCGGGAAUGUCACAUACAAUGGACAUCAAAUGGACGAGUUUGUUCCGCAAAGGACUGCUGCGUACAUCAGUCAAAGCGAUCUACACAGCGGGCAAAUGACUGUCAGGGAAACUCUUGAUUUCUCCGCUUGCUGCCAAGGGGUUGGUAGCAAAUACGAAAUGCUUUCUGAACUUCUGAGGAGGGAAAAGGCGCUUGGAAUCAAACCGGAUGCGGACAUUGACGUUUUCAUGAAAGCAACUUCGUUGCAGGGUCAGCAGACGAACCUUGUGACUGAUUACGUGAUGAAGAUACUUGACCUUGAAAAUUGCUCUGAUGUCAUUGUUGGAGACGAGAUGCAUCGAGGAAUCUCCGGCGGUCAGAAGAAAAGGGUGACAACAGGUGAAAUGCUGGUUGGCCCUGCGAAAGCGUUGUUUAUGGAUGAAAUUUCCACGGGCCUGGAUAGUUCCACGGCGUUUCAAGUUGUUCAGUGUUUGAGACAGUUCGUGCAUGUGAUGGAUGCCACUCUACUGAUCUCUCUGCUUCAGCCUGCACCCGAAACAUUUGGCCAGUUUGACGACGUUAUAUUGUUAUCAGAGGGACGGAUCGUUUAUCAUGGACCUCGUGAACUGGUUUUAGAGUUUUUUGAAUCGCAAGGCUUCAAGUGUCCUAAGAGAAAAGGUGUUGCUGACUUCCUUCAAGAGGUAACAUCGAGGAAAGAUCAAGCUCAAUAUUGGACUGGUACAAGAGCUUACAGCUACGUUUCAGUUGACGACUUUCAGAGGGCUUUUGAGGGCUUUUCGGCUGGCCAGAAGCUUGCUGAAGAACUUGAGAAACCAUUCGACAAAGCCAGCAGUCAUCCUGCCGCUCUUGUGACACAAAGAUAUGCCCUGAGCAGCUGGGGAUUAUUUCGGGCUUGUCUUGCAAAAGAAGUGCUGCUCAUAAAGCGGAACGCCUUCGUUUAUGUUUUCGCAGUGUUCCAGAUUUUAAUUACUGCUGCUAUCGCCAUGACCGUAUUUAUAAGAACUGAAAUGAAGCACCAAACCGUAGACGAUGGAGUUGUCUUCCUUGGAGCUAUGUUUUUUGCCUUGCUGACGGGCAUGUUUAACGGGUUUGCUGACUUAGCCAUGACCAUCUUCAGGCUUCCAGUUUUCUACAAGCAAAGGGAUUCGUUGUUCUAUCCUGCAUGGGCGUAUGCUUGGCCCAUGAUUAUUACCAGACUUCCUAUUUCAUUAAUUGAAGCGGGAGCAUGGGUAAUACUUACGUACUGGGUGAUAGGAUUUGCACCGCAAUGGAGCAGAUUUUUUGGACAAGUGUUAAUAUUUUUUGUUGUCAAUCAAAUGGCUCAAGGUCUUUUUAGAUUGAUUGCUGCUUUGGGACGGACGAUGGUUAUAGCAAAUACCUUCGGGGCUUUUGCUAUACUCGUCAUUAUUUGUCUGGGGGGAUUCGUUAUAAGCAGAGAGGACAUACAUCCGUGGUGGAUAUGGGGAUACUGGACUUCUCCUCUAAUGUAUGGGCAAAAUGCGAUUGCGGUGAACGAGUUUCUUGCACCCAGAUGGCAAAAGGUAGCAACUUUACGCGCUAGAAAAUUAUGGCAAACUGAUCGACUGAUAAGUUUGUUUCAGCCAUCGAACUUUUCCAGCACAGUUGGAGAAGCUAUACUAUUAACACGUGGACUAUUUCCAAAGUGGUACUGGUACUGGAUCGGUGUCGGAGCAGUCACUGGAUUUGCCACUCUGUUCAAUAUUGGAUUUAUUCUGGCAAUGACUUACCUGAACCCUAUUGGCAAGUCACAAGCCAUUGUUCCUAAGGACAUGUUAAAUGAACGAUCAUCAGACGCUCCACGCAUAUAUUUACAACAAGUGGAUUCGUCAAAGCCUGAUAGUCUACGUGAUAUCGAAGAAGGUAUUGAAUUGCAAUCACGAGAAAGUGGCAGGCUCAAAACUUAUUUGAAGGGGAUGGUGUUACCAUUUCAACCUUUAUCGCUAGCGUUUAAUCAUAUCAGCUAUUUUGUUGAUAUGCCUCCUGAGAUGAAACAUCAAGGCAACAAACUACAGCUUCUUCAAGACAUUAGUGGUGUUUUCCGGCCUGCAAUUCUCACAGCCCUUCUUGGCGUAAGUGGCGCAGGAAAAACAACGCUAAUGGACGUUUUGGCCGGUAGGAAAACCGGUGGAUACAUUGAAGGGGAAAUUAUAGUAGCGGGUCGCCCAAAAAAGCAGGAAACAUUUGCUCGGGUCUCAGGAUACUGCGAACAGAAUGAUAUCCAUUCUCCAAAUUUGACUGUGGAGGAAUCCUUGAUCUUUUCAGCGUGGAUGCGUUUGUCGGAAAAGGUUGACAGAUCCACUCGAGCGAUGUUUGUUGAAGAAGUUCUGGAGCUUGUCGAGCUUGCAUCUCUAAGAGGUGCUUUAGUUGGAGUGCCCGGAGUUACUGGGCUAUCCGUUGAGCAAAGGAAGCGCUUGACUGUUGCUGUGGAGCUGGUUGCUAAUCCUUCGAUAAUUUUCAUGGACGAGCCUACGUCAGGCUUAGAUGCACGAGCUGCUGCAAUUGUCAUGCGAACAGUUCGAAACACCGUUAACACAGGACGAACCGUAGUUUGCACUAUACAUCAGCCCAGCAUAGAUAUAUUCGAAGCCUUUGACGAGCUCUUCUUGAUGAAACGAGGUGGACAAUUAAUUUAUGCAGGUCCCCUUGGUAAAUUUUCUGCUGAAGCCAUCCAUUACUUUGAGGGUGUUCCUGGCGUACCAAAAAUCAAAGAUGGUCACAACCCUGCUACCUGGAUAUUGGAAGUAACGUCUCAAAUGUCUGAAGCUCGUCUCGAAAUCGAUUUUGCAGAAGUUUACAGGAAGUCAUCUCUAUGCGAACAAAAUGAGGCUCUUAUCAGGGAGACAAUUCAGAGCUCGAAAGACACUCCGGAGCUGCACUUCCCGACGAAAUAUCCUCAGGCAUUUAUCUCACAGUGUGCGAUUUGCCUUUGGAAGCAACAUCUAUCAUACUGGCGAAAUCCUCAGUACUGCGUGAUUCGUAUGUUUUUUACGGCCGUGUCAGCUGUAUUGUUUGGUGGAAUUUUCUGGGACCUUGGAACCCGAAGAAGCAAGCAGCAAGAUUUGUUUAACUUGAUUGGCGUUCUCUAUUCAGCAGUUCUUUUCCUGGGUGUAAACAACGCAUCCACGGUUCAACCGGUUGUGGCAACGGAGCGUACUGCGUAUUACCGCGAAAGAGCUGCCGGAAUGUAUUCUGCGCUUCCCUACGCUUUUGCUCAGGUGCUUGUGGAAGUUCCAUAUGCUCUGGUUCAAACUCUUCUUUAUGGCUCCAUUACGUACUCCAUGAUUGGAUUCGAAUGGAGCAUCGUCAAAGUGUCCUACUUUUUCUUCUUCACAUUCUCGGGACUUCUUUACUACACGCUCUAUGGGAUGAUGGCUGUUGCAUUGACUCCAAACGAGCAGAUCGCAGCAGUUGUCUCGGCAUUUUUCUUCGGAGUUUGGAACCUUUUCGCGGGCUUCAUCAUACCAUACAAGAGAAUUCCCGUGUGGUGGAGAUGGUACUACUGGGCAAAUCCGGUGGCAUGGACCGUCUACGGCCUGUUUACUUCGCAGCUUGGCGACGUCGACACACUCCUGGCAAUCCCAGACCAGCCUCCGAAGACGGUGAGGCAGUUCAUGAAGGAUCACUUCAACUUCGAGCUCUCAUUUGUAAGCCGAGCAGCCGCCAUGCAAGUCGUCUUCAUCGCUACCUUUGCUCUCGUCUUUGCGGUGUGCAUCAAGCAUUUGAACUUUCAGAGGCGCUGACCUUCUUUCGAAGCUGAGAGAACUAUUUGUGAUUCUUGGCACCAUUUUACAGUGCACUGCUUCGGAGAAGUGUUUGAAGAGCACACAAACUUGCUUCGUUACCGUUCAUAGUAUAGACAUGUCUAGCAGAGACUCAGUCAUGGGAGCUGUAGGUUCAAUACUAAGGACAUGCUGCACUAAUACCAGGCCCUCCAUAGAAGAAGCUAUUCUUCCCGUU